AUGUCCACGUCGGAUGCAAAUGAGUUGACACGACUGUGCCGGAAAUACCGUAUUCCUGUGCCUUGUCAAGACCUCUUCUCAAAAUGGGCCAUCGUCCGCACAACGGGCAUCCAAUCAAGCGGUCAGGAUAGCAUCCAUGUACCCUCCACUAACCCCAAUGUCACCACUCAAUUGGCCGCAUGUAGUGAUCCCAACUUCCUGCAACUUUUAAUUUUGGGCGGGGGUGGCCAGUUGCUGACCUCUAUUGAUGCCCUCCGUGUCUCCGCGACCGGUCGACUUCUGGAAGAAAAUGGGGUCUUUUCAACUGAUAAUUUGAUGGACCUACACUACUCGGAGCGCCCCCACAUCGCCCUAGUCGCUCCUUCGCACAAAAGGACACUGAAGUUUCUCCAGGGCCUGGCGGCUUUGGGGCGAGUGCCGCUGCUGCGUGGAACAUGGCUACUUGACGCCUGUCUUCUGGCUGCGGGUAUGGAACCCAUCAUGCCCUUAGACCAGUCCUCACUAACGUCCACCAAAAAGCCCGCCGACUUGCCCUACGAACUGCUAAGGAGGUCGCCUCGAGUCGUCUACGAACUUUCGAGAGGGGUAGACAGGAUAACCGAUCAGCUGGUGGUUGCCACUGAAGUUCCCGACUUAUAUGCCGAAUUGCCUGGCCGUCCUCAUCUGCAGACGCUUUUAUCCUUGGGUGGCUACGCAUCAGCAAGCUUAAUUGCUAUAAUAACAGACGAUCCUCGUGGCUUCGGUGAGGGAUGGUCUUCAAUUUUGCGACUCGCUGUAUGUACGUAUGAGAAUGUCCCGGAUGGUGCCAUUAUCAUCACCGCGCCACCAACUGUCUUGUCUUCGACGGAGGCUAUGGACUGGCUCACUGCCUGGAAGACAAGUUGUUCAAUCAACGGGGAGCCCAUGUCGUCGGGUCCUCAGCAGAUUGUUCUUGUUGACCAGGAAAGAGUCCCAGCCUUCAUGCUUUCAAGGAUCGAAACUCUGGGUUUCACGGUUGUAAACAAAGAAUACCUGAUUCAGAGCCUGAUUAAUGGAAGAAUGGUAGACCUCAAGUUCACUUGGGAUUCACUACCAGCUGAUCCCACAGCUGGGGCCGGCGUAAUAGGCGUAUGA